UGAUUUUCUCUGUAGAGGGGAAAAUAAAGGAAAUACGUAUGGCCACUGAGCUGAGAAAUUGAGGUUUUUAAUUUAUUUUACGUGAACACUGACACGAAUCGUUCUGUAAAGUUGAUGAAAUGUGCCUAUGAACGCAUUACUUUAUCAGGAGAUUGUUCAAGCGCAUUCGGUUGGAGUAAAAAUGGUGUAAGUGACAGCCACUUUGAUAAAUGAAUAUUCAUGAGACAACAUAUCUGUGUUUGGUUUCUAAGUGUUAGACAUCGCUACGUAGUGUAGCGGAAUCAACGUGACCAUGUCCCGAAAAUAAGCGACAUUGGUAACGACCGAACCGUGAAUGAUAAUCUGGAAGUAUACGGAACCGCGGUUGACAGUAAAGCCUACGCAAUUCCGCAAGGAAGUCCGGAACAGCCCGCUAACAACAAGACUGUCCGGCCCCAUGAUCCAGCUGAAGGCGAAGGAAACGGCGUGGUAUUAAGUGUCGACAAGGCACCUGUUGUACCCUCAUAGCAAAAUAAUAACAUUGCCUGCACCGAAAAGUAGAAGAACCUUCGUCGUAACGGUAACGUAGCAAUAAAUCGAGAACAGAUGAGCGACGGCGAAAAUCCAGAUCGUCGGGAUCACCCGCAAGAAAAUGGCCACCACGAGAACGAAACCGGAGACGCGAGUACCAACAGAACUGGUGGAUCAGAAGUGAAAAAGAAGAAAAAACGUCCAUCCGAUUCAGACCACAUUCAGAUACCACAAGUAAACAUGGAGGACAUCGUAAAAACAGAAGCUAAGAAAAUGGAGAGAUCGCUGGAGAUGACUGCCCCAGGAAACCCUAAACCAGCGCAUGGUAAGGCCAAGAAGGCGAAAAAAUGCAUUUAUAUUUCGUACUCACCUGACGCUGGAUUUCAGGAGAGAAAGUUUGUAGCUGAAACUGUUAGACAACUUAAAGAAAAUAAUUUGAGUGAGGAUAUAUGGUUCGACAAAGAUGAGAAAAAUACAGACAGUCCUGCAUGGUUUUCUCAAAGAAUGGAAGCUGUGGAGAGAUGCAAAGCCUCUAUAUGUUUCUUGUCAGACAGUUACUUUCAGUGUCCGGUAUCCGUGUACGAAGGACGAUGUUUGCUGGAGAGAGUCCGAUCAGGAAAUGUGGUCCCAAGGAUUUUCAUAGUUUUGUUCACUCCUACUGAAAUCCCCCGCAUGUAUAACGAGUUUUUGCAUGAGCUUGUUGAUCUAACAGGAGCUCAUGUUAAAAGUAGUAUUGCAGAGAAAGCAUCAGUAGUGGUAGGUAGCUUGAUGGAGCAACUGGAGAAGUUUGCUAUGAUAAACACUCCGCUGCUUCCAAACACUACCAAGGAAUUUACCGGGGAGUAUAAAAAAAAGAAAAUAUGCCAGUGGAGCCAGUACGACCUACAGGAAUGGCUGUUUGAUCUCGGUGUGCGAGAGUUCUAUCGGCAGAGUUUUGCUGAGAAUCAAGUUGAUGGCUUUCUCCUGAUGUCCAUGAAUGAUCAGGAUAUGCAGGAUUUCCUUGGAGUCGACAGUCGAGUUGUCCGCAAGAAAAUCCUUCAACAGAUUCUUGCCAUCCUGGAGAAAGAACACAAAGUUGCUGAUAAUUGGCACCUAAGGGCGAGAACUGUCCGUGCGAAGCAGGAUACAGUGUACUUAGUGUACGAUCCAACGGAUGUAAGAUUGGCACAGAACUUAAAACAGGAUUUGAGGAAAAAGAAUUUACAGGUACUGUCACAUGAGAAGCUGGGUCAGUCAAAAGACGAGUUUCUACAAGUCAACGGCCCCCACGUUGCAACAGCCAAGCAUGUCAUUGUUGUUCUGACCGAAGCGGCUGCAUCAUCUCCAUUUGUCUUCCAUGAGGUGCUAUUCGCUGAUUGGCUGGGAAAAACCUUGGUUACUGCAAUGUUCAAGAAUGUGUGGCCAAAGUUGAGGCCUUCUGUGAAAGCCGUGUUGGGUGAAUGUCCUGCCAUCGAUUUUGAAACGAAGAUGUACGCCGAGAGCAUGGACGUACUUGAACAUCAAAUCAAACCGCUGCGCAAAGUACCGGGUGUGGUACUCGAACAAGCAUAUCUGAACAGAAUGGCGGAAGGCUUGAAACCUCUACAAGUACUGGCAACCUCACAGGCAGCUACGCUUUCUUUUGGAGAAGAGCUACCAGAACCUAAGGUUUUCAUCAGUUACCAGUGGGACAUGCAAACCAAGGUGUUGGAGAUUAGGAGAAUAUUAGAAUCUAAUGGCUUGCCGUGCUGGGCCGAUAUUAGCCCUACCAUGGCACAGCGUGGACAUAGCAGCGUCAGCUCACGAAGUUCAACUACCAGUCAGAUGGACGGGAGUGUUACAGAAACGCUACAGCUGAAUAUACAACGCAACAUGAAAUCGUCAGCCGUGGUUUUAUGCUGUAUCACUCCACGGUACAUCCAAUCUGAUAAUUGUAUUAAGGAUCUCUCACUAGCCGAGUAUCUGAAUAAACCGAUAGUUCCGAUAAUGCUGCGAUUUGUCGCAUGGCCGCCCGAUACAGCGCAGCCCGGUAUUAAGAAGAUGCUGGCUAGAACUGUGCAGAUUGAUCUCAGUAAUGAUAAACUGUUUAAACAGAAUUUCCACCUGGUGUUGGAGAGAAUCCGUAAGCACCUCGCUGUUAACAUGAAAUCAUCUCUUAUGUGAAUUCACCAUCUACAGAGCCUUGUCCAAGCCAAGUUUGUUUUACGAUGACCUUUCUCUUGUGAGAACAUUUACACUCAGAUUAACUUUU